CGGGUGACACAGAGACACACAAAAAAAGACAGAUACACACAGAGACAGAUCAAUGAAGGGCUUGGCUGAGAAUUUUUCUGAUGCCUUGGAGAGCGGAUGAGUCCGUACCCAGACCAAGUCUCCCGGCUGGAGCUGCGCAUUUCUCCGCCGGGUAUUAUAGUACUUGGCUUGUCUGGUCUGACAUUACUCCACUCUUCUUUUGACUUGUUCUUUCAUUUUCUGCUGUCUUUCCAUGAUAAAAACAAAACCAAACAACGCAACAACUGUAAAUUAAAAUAACGUUUUUUCCCCUAUAAAUAGAACUGUUUGUUGAGUGGUCUUUGUUUACUUAUUUUUUUAACAGUUCAUGAAUCAGAUGUCCCAUUGAUCGAACCUGAAGUUUCUUUUCUAAUAACAAACAGUAUUUAAGGUGGUGUUUAUUACAGUGGUGGCCAGUAUGGGGAAUCAAUGAAUCUGAUGAAUAUUUGUAAAUGUCUGAUUUUGCACUUUUAUUGAUAGGACUUUGAGUUGUCUUUAAAGAGAAAAAAAACAAACAAACAAACUACAAACUAGAAGUGUACAUGUGGAACUAAUUGAUGUGAGUUUUCUUUAAGUACUGUCAAUAGAACAGUUACACUAUACAUCUCUGAAUAAUUGUCUUAAGUGAGAAAUGGCUGACCCCAGACCAGAUAAUGAUAUAGAACAAGAACAGUCUCAAAUACAAACAGAUCAAAAAAGCAAUGCAGACACUGAGAAUGACGACCAAAUGUCUUAUCCAGCAUCUGAACAUGAAACCAGUGAACCUGAGCAACGAGGAGAUGCCUGGGUUACCAGGAGGAACCCAGUGGAAGAAGUCACGUCACUCAUCAGUUCAAUGUACCUGACAGACGAGGAUGAGGGAGAAGAAGAAAACAUGACGCUUAUGGACAAUAGACCAUCCUGUCUGGGUGUUCCUCCUUUACCAUCUCUUACUAAUGACUUGGACGCUCUGAGGGAGAGAGUUGCCUCACUAGAAAACAACUUCAGAGACUCUGUAGACAGUGCAUUGAAC